CUACAAGAAUAUUCAAUAUCAAAUGAGAACGGUUGAGACAGAAAAGGAACCAAAAAAAAGAGAUAAUUAUGAUAAAUUUAUAUAGCAAUAGAAGAAUUCAGAGAAACAAGAGAAGAAGGAAAUUAACUCAAGAGUAUUGUAAAAUACCUAACAUGCAUAGCAAGAUUUGACUACAAGAAGAUUCAAUGUCAAAUGAGAACAGUAGCCUAUAAUGUAUCUGUUAUACAUUUAAGAAGUCCUUCAGCACAAGUUUACUACUUAAAAUCCAUUCAAACUCCUCUGAUUUGUUUACUUUCUUGAUUACGUAGCAGAUUUACGUGAUGAGUUUCACAGACAUAAAACGUGCAAGACUAGAUAAGUCAACUCACACUAAAAACUUUCCUCUCAAGUGUCUAAUAUGUGAGAAAAUCUGUUCAACUCUAUUUACCAUGAAGGUUCAUAUGUUACAUCACACUGGAGAACGCCCUUUUAAAUGUUUGAUAUGUGAGAAAACCUUUUUACAACUAAACAAUGUAAAGCGUCAUUUGUUGGUACACAUUAGGAAGUGUUCUUAUAAGUGUAAUGAAUGUGGAAAAUCCUUUAUAUCCAAAACCGAUUUGGUGAAACAUUCAUUGGUUCAUACGGGAGAGAGACCUUACAAGUGCUCUUCAUGUGGAAAAUCCUUUUCACAAAUAGGCAAUAUGAAGACACAUUCAUUGGUUCAUACAGGAGAGAGGUUCUAUAAGUGCACUACAUGUGGAAAAUCCUUUGCAACAAGAGGCCAUUUAAAGAGACAUGCAAUGGUUCAUACUAAAGAGAGACCUUAUAAGUGUACUUUAUGUGGAAAAUCCUUUAUAUCCAAAACCGAUAUGGUGAAACAUUCAUCGGUUCAUACGGGAGAGAGACCUUACAAGUGCUCUUCGUGUGGAAAAUCCUUUGCACAAAUAGGCAAUAUGAAGACACAUGCAUUGGUUCAUACAGGAGAGAGACCUUAUACUUGCUCUACAUGUGGAAAAUCCUUUACAUCGAAACGUGUGAUGAAGAGUCAUUUUUUGGUUCAUACAGGUGAGAGGCCCUAUAAGUGCACUUCAUGUGGGAAAUCCUUUACAUCAAAAGGCUACUUAAAGACACAUGCAAUGGUUCAUACAGGAGAGAGACCUUAUAAGCCUUAUAAGUGCACUACGUGUGGAAAAUCCUUCGCAUCAAUAUACCACCUAAAAAAACAUGCAACGGUUCAUACAAGAAAGAGGCCAUAUAAGUGCACUUCAUGUGGAAAAUUCUUUGCAUCGAAAGAAAGUUUGAAGAUACAUGCAUUGGUUCAUACAGGAGUAAGGCCUUAUACUUGUUCUACAUGUGGAAAAUCCUUUACAACGAAAAAUGCGAUGAAGAAUCAUUUUUUGGUUCAUACAGGUGAGAGGCCCCAUAAGUGCACUACAUGUGGAAAAUUCUUUGCAUUAAAAGUACACUUGAAGACACAUUCAUUGGUUCAUACAGGAGAGAGACCCUAUAAGUGCGUUACAUGUGACAAAUCCUUUGCGUCUAAGAACAAUAUGACGAGACAUUCAUUGGUCCAUACAGGAGAGAGACCUUUCAAGUGUUGUACAUGUGAAAAAUCAUUUGCAACCAAAUAUGAAAUGAAGCAACAUUUAUUGUUUCAUACAGGAGACUGGCCCUAUAAUUGCACUACAUGUUGUAAAUCCUUUGCAUCUAAUUUUGUUACCAGCAUCACACCACAACCAUCCGACUCCGAUAAACUCAAAAUACUUAUAAACUUUAUUACUCCGGAAAUCGACGAGUACAUAAGUGAAAGCGAUUAUGCUGCCAAAGUGAUUCCACUUGCGCGUACUACAUUCCCUUUGUCCAAAGCAGGGCUCCAGUCUUUUGAAGCUAUAAAAAGUGAAAUCAUCGGAUCUGUAGUAAGCUGCAUUGACCCUGAAGCACAGUUCAUCGUAGAAACUGAUGCAUCUGAGAGUACCAUUGCUGCUACUUUGACUCAAUCGAACCGUCCAGUUGCAUUCUUCUCAAGGAUACUUUCUCCAGCAGAACAAAGACAUUCAAGUGUCGAAAAAGAAGCACAAGCUAUUGUGGAAGCACUGCGGAAAUGGCGUCACUAUUUGGUUGCUCCUUCAUGGCUUCUCAAUUCCGGCCCUGUGUACUUGAAGAGAUUCAAUCGUACGUCAAAGUAUGAGCCACUUGUUGAAGAGGUCCAACUUCUUCACGGAAAUGCCGAGUAUGCUCAUGUUAAGUUGCCUGAUGGAAGAGAAACUACCGUGUCUACACGUCAUCUUGCUCCAGUUGGUGAGUACCAAACCGACAUAGAGCAAACCGAUUUUGAGAGUGAUGAAAAUACUCUAUUACCCACUUCUCAACCUGAACCUGAAUACUUUCCUAGUCCAUCAUCAACACAGAAUCAAGAAGAUGAAAUGAAUACUACUGCCGAGAAUUUACAACCUAGACAAGAAGCCAAUAAGAACCAUAACACAUAUCCGAGAAGAAGUUUCAGAAGCAGAAGACCUCCUAAUUAUUUAAAUGACUACGUUCAUUAA